AUGGCCACGCUCCUGCGGCUGACCACCUCCACUGUCGCCCGGAACGCCACCACGAAGUGUCUGUCGCGCAAGGCUGCGUCCGCACACGCCGCAUUCGCACGCAACGUUCUUGCGUCGCCGCUCCAGAGCAACACCCGCGGCUCCCGCUCCCUCAGGUCUUCUGUGGUGGCCAUGGGCGUCAAGAUCGCGUCCCUCCCGGCGCCGUUCCUCCCGGAGAAGUUCCCUGCGGUGACCGUCGAGGCUCCCUACGACGGCUCUUGGAAGGGCGACCUGCUCUGCCUGGGCGUGUACGAUGACGCAAUCGACGGCACGACGAUCAAGGACGAGGCGCUCUCGAAGCUCGACCAGACCUUCGGCGGCGCGCUCUCGGAGAUCAUCGCUGACUUCGAGUUCAAGGGAGCGGCGGGGUCGUCGCAGUGCGUGCGCGUCGGCACCGCGGGCGCCAAGUACGUUGCUCUGGUCGGCCUGGGCAGCGCCUCCAAGGCGGCGGAGAAGUGCAAGUGGGGGCCGUCUGUGUUCAUGCAGCUCGGCGCGGCGAUCGCCGGCCUCGCGAAGAGCAACAAGGCUGUCACCGCUGCCGUGCACAUCGUCGGCGGGUCCGCGAGCGCCACGGACGUCGCGCGCGGGGUCACGCUGGGCGUCCUGAACGGCGCCUACGAGUCCACGCGCUUCAAGGCCAAGCCCACGCUGUCGAAGCUCGAGAGCCUCGCCGUCUGCGUUGGCAAGAGCGCCGAGGCGGACGCCGCCGUGGCCAACUCGACCGCCUUCGCCAAGGGCUGCACCAUGGCCAAGUUCCUCGUCGAGGCGCCCCCCAACGUCUGCACCCCCACCUACCUCUCCCACUGCGCCCAGGAACUCGCCAAGGAGUACCCCGACGUCAUGACCUGCAAGAUCCUGGAGCGCGAGGACUGCGAGAAGAUGGAGAUGGGGAGCUACCUGGGCGUGGCGGCGUGCUCGGACGAGCCGCCCAAGUUCAUCCACCUGUCGUACAACCCGCCGGGCGGGUCCGCGAAGAAGACGCUGGUGCUGAUCGGCAAGGGUCUGACGUUUGACUCGGGGGGCUACAACCUCAAGCCGGCGGGGUCGAUGAUCGAGCUGAUGAAGUUCGACAUGGGCGGAUCGGCCGCGGUGCUGGGCGCGGCGCGCACGCUCGCGGACCUGAAGCCCGCGAACGUGGCCGUGCACUUCAUCGUCGCGUCGUGCGAGAACAUGAUCGACGGCGCGGGCAUGCGCCCGGGCGACAUCCUGCGCGCGGCGAACGGCAAGACGAUCGAGGUCAACAACACGGACGCCGAGGGCCGCCUGACGCUGGCGGACGCGCUGAUCUACGCGGAGCGCGAGUGCAAGCCCGACGCGGUGGUGGACAUCGCGACGCUGACGGGCGCGCAGUUCGUGGCGCUGGGCAACGGCAUGGCGGCGUUCUACACGAAGGACGACGGCAUGGCGGACGACAUCCGCGAGUCGGCGACGCACACGGGCGAGAAGAUCUGGCAGAUGCCGCUGGAGGACUCCUACAUGGAGCAGCUCAAGAGCGUUGUGGCCGACAUGAAGAACACCGGCGGGCGCUGGGGCGGGUCAAUCACGGCCGCGCUCUUCCUGCAGGAGUUCAUCUCCACCGACAAGAUCCAGUGGGCGCACAUCGACAUGGCUGGCCCUGCUUGGGACGAGAAGGUCGGCGGUGCGACCGGGUACGGUGCCAAGACGCUGGCGCAGUGGGUGAUGACCACCUCGGAGAAGGCGUGA